ACAUUUCGUAAUGCUGCUUUUGUCAGGGUUGUUCUGAAACUUGCAACAGUAAGAUCAUGGCUAUCGUUUACGUUUAUCUGACGAGUACUGGAGCACUACGAUGGCUAUUAGCCUUCCAUCUGUUUUUGGCUGCCUCAAUGAUUCAGGUCCAUGCCCAGCCUCCCGCUGGGUUUUUAAGCAUCGACUGCGGAUAUACAGAUAGUGCUGGCUAUGACGACAAGAACACAAUGUUGCCAUAUGUCUCUGACAAAGGAUAUAUAAAGGGCGGCAAGACCUUCAGUAUUCUGUCACAGUACAUGAAAGAAGCUGCAAAUAAGCAAGAAGAAACCCUGAGAAGUUUCCCUGAUGGCCAACGGAACUGUUAUACAUUACCAACCAACCGUAGCAAGAAGUAUCUCAUCAGAGCCACCUUCACUUACGGGAACUACGAUGGCCGCAACUCAUCAGAGAGUGGUUCACCGUUUCUCUUUGGACUCCAUAUCGGCAUCAACUUCUGGACAAUGGUGAACCUGACAAAAUUGCCUUCAUCGAACACAAUCUGGAAAGAGCUGAUCAUGGUUGCUCCAGGCAAUUCCGUAUCUGUUUGUCUGAUAAACAACGAAUUGGGGACUCCCUUCAUAUCGACAUUGGAUUUGAGGCCCUUGCAAGAUACAAUGUACCCCUUUGUGAAUGUUUCUGUGGCCGUCAGUUAUUUUUCUCGGCAAAGAUAUGGACAAGUCAAUGAUGUCAUCACUAGAUAUCCAGAGGAUGUUUACGACCGGUUUUGGGAGGGAGCGUUCCACACCAGAUCCUAUCCCUGGAUCAACCUUAACACAACACAAGAAGUGAAAAGGCUCCCAGGUGAUGAAAAGUUCAUGGUGCCGAAUACCAUCCUCCAGAAAGCUUCAACCAUAAACAUCACAUUCAGUUGGCUCAACAUCACUGUGAGGGGCGCCAACAACCUGCUUGGCUUGGGGGAUCUGGAGCUGCUACCGGUCUUUCACUUUGCUGAGAUAGCCAGCAACACGACCAGGUUGUUCGAUAUCUACAGCGACAGCGAGGAGCUGUUCGCCAACUUCUCACCAUCCCCCUUCCAGGUGGACAGCAUGUACCAGAAUGGCCGGUUCUUGCCCGGUGUGAGCUCAACUUUCACGUUGCGCAAGCAGCCCACAUCACAGCCACCGCUCAUCAACGCGUUCGAGGUGUAUUCACUUGUCCGGAUAGCUACUGCUUCUGAUGAUGGUAUGAUCAGCAAUAUAUUGCAAGAGCACACUACACAUUCAUCAUGUAUGCAGCAGGUUCAUAGGAUCUGUGUAGCAGCAUCUCAGCAUUAUGUAAACAAAUAUAUCAUCUCCUUAUUCCUUUAUGCUCUUCAUGUUUUUUUUUUCAAUCCCAUGUGCUCAAAUAUAAUUGAAAGCGACUGUACCACACCAGCAGAUAAGGCGAGGAAGAAUACAGCAACAUUGCUCAUUGCAGUGAUAGUUCCUGUUGUAGCUAUCAUACUUAUGUUAAUUCUAUGGAUGCUCUGCUGUAAAGGAAAAUCAAAAGAACAUGAUGAUUAUGAUAUGUAUGAAGAGGAUACUCCCCUGCAUACUGACACCAGAAGAUUCACAUAUACAGAGUUGAAGACUAUAACUAACAACUUCCAGUCUAUCAUUGGAAAAGGAGGAUUUGGUAUGGUUUAUCAUGGCAUAUUGGACAAUGGAGAGGAAGUGGCAGUCAAGGUGCUUCGGGAGACAUCUAUAACACUAUCAAAGGACUUCCUCCCUGAGGUGCAAAUAUUGUCAAAAGUUCAACACAAGAAUCUCGUCACGUUUUUAGGAUAUUGCCACAACAAGAAAUGCCUUGCCCUUGUGUACGAUUUCAUGGCUAGAGGAAACCUACAAGAAGUUUUAAGAGGAGGACAAGAAUACAGUUUGAGCUGGGAAGAGCGACUUCACAUUGCACUUGAUGCAGCACAAGGACUGGAGUAUCUGCAUGAAUCAUGCACCCCGCCAAUAGUUCACAGAGAUGUGAAAACUGCAAACAUUCUCCUGGAUAAGAAUCUUGUGGCCAUGAUAUCUGACUUUGGUCUUUCACGAUCUUACACUCCAGCGCACACACACAUAUCAACUGUUGCUGCCGGUACUGUUGGCUACCUUGACCCUGAGUACCAUGCUACUUUCCACCUCACUGUGAAAGCAGAUGUCUACAGCUUCGGCAUUGUCCUCUUGGAGAUCAUUACUGGCCAACCUUCAGUGUUAGUGGACUCAGAACCAGUGCACCUACCAAACUGGGUGCGCCAAAAGAUUGCUGAAGGGAGCAUUCAUGAUGCUGUAGACAGUAGACUAAGGCAUCAGUAUGAUGCCACUUCCAUACAGAGUGUCAUAGAUCUUGCCAUGAGCUGUGUGGAAAACACAUCCACUGAUAGGCCAAGCAUGACUGACAUUGUUAUCAAGCUCAAAGAAUGCCUACCGGCAGGUACAGGUGAAAUGCAACUGGUGUCUAGGUCCUAUAAACAGAAGGAAGCCAUGGACGCUGACAUAGCGAGGCAAUUCCAGCUGCUGAUUUCUGGAGUUUCAAUAGAAAGCAUUGAGGGCAACUCAAGUGGGACCACAGAAUUAAGAUAUCCUUCGGGAAGGUGAGAUGAAAUGAUUGAUAAGUUACUGUUGCAUAUGCUUGGAGAAGGUUUGAUGAUUUGGAUAAUAAUGGGAUCGCUUUUGGGCAGUUGGCAUGCAUAUGUUGACUUCCUUUGUCAUUUGUUUUUUCUAAUUUACUAGCUCAACCUUGGAAUAAGAAGGUGUCCUGAAUUGGCAGUAUACACCUAAGUUGUAAUAAGUUCCAAACAAUCAUAAAACGAUGUUGUGUCUUCUGGUUUUCUCUAGUUUUUCUGCAAAGUUUGUGG